AUUGAUCCUCAGCGCCAUCUGAUGCCAAGGUUUAAGAGUCGCUGUGUUUUUCCCUCCGUGUAUUUCUGGAGCCACACUUUCGAGGGUCAAGAUCUCCUUCACACACGCUAUACGGACAUGUGGAGUUGACUGUACUGAAUGAACUUGGGUUAAGGAAUGAGUAAGCUGGCACUUGUGCCAAGAUGAAGAUUGACAGAACGAAGUUGAAGAAAAGCAGCUCAGAAGUUCCCGGCGAUUGUGGUUGGUUGAUAGAAAAGCUCCAAAGCUGCAGCAAUGAGGAACUGCUGCCCAUCCUGCGGAGUGUGGAGUCCUGGAGCUACGGCAAGUGUGAACUCUACCACUGGAUCGAUGUACUGGACAGAUUUGAUACCAUCCUAGAGGAGGCCACAGACAAGGGAGAGGAGGACAAAUGGGUCUUGCCGUGCGACCUCCCAGAACACAGUCAUGUUCAGGAGCUGGUGGUGUGGGUGCUCCACUUCACCACACUGCUGGUGGAGCACUCCUUCUCCCGCCACCUCUACUCCUCGGUGGAGCACCUCAUCACACUCCUCUCCUCCACCUCCAUGACCAUCGUGCUCGCCGUCCUCAACUUGCUGUACAUGUUCAGCAAAAGAUCCAACUUCAUCACAAGGCUGGCUGUGGCGCCCCGACAGGCCCUGCUGACCCGUCUCAUCAACCUUGCCGAGCCUUGGGGGGGCAAGGACAAUGGCUUCGGCCUUGCACAGUGCUGCCAGAACCUCCCUCUCACUGAUUUCCCCGAGAACGCCACAACACUCCACUACGAGUUUUACGGCGAGCACCAGCAGCCACAGCAGCAGCAACCACAGCAGCAGCAGCAGCAGGCCCACCACAGCGAUGGGGCCAGCGGAGGCAGCAGUGGUGGUGGGGGCAGUUGUCGAGGGAACAGCUCCAUCAUCACCAUCCACAUCGACAACAUGCAGAACAUCAACAAGUCACCAGCCCAGGUCAUGGAGGAGUUGAUGCAGGUGUACAAAGUGCCUAGUGAUAAACAGAUGGUCCUUUUUACUCACAUAAGGUUAGCCCAUAGUUUUGGGUCAUAUGAAACCCGGCUGCAGUGUGUGCAGGCCCGGCUCCAGGCCUUGUCAGUGCUGGUGUAUUGCAACGCCCUCCAGGAUAACGCAAACACAGUCUUGUACUCGGGGCUUCUGGACGAAUUUGUGGAGGUCCUGGAGCUGAACGACACUAAGCUAACAGAGAUCAAGGCGGCCACGCUGCGCACCUUGACCUCCAUUAUUCACCUGGAUAGAAUGCCCAGCUUCCCAAAGCUAAACACUAUAAUAGAUGUCACCGGUGCCUCAUCCUACCACGGGUUCCUGCCGGUGCUGGUGAGGUCCUGCAUCACCACCCUCACCGCACCCUCCCCGCCGGUGCCCAACCCCUUCCCUGCACCCCUGGCGACGGCGCUCUUUUCGUUCCUCUACCACCUGGCUAGCUAUGAGGCUGGGGGGGAGGCGCUCGUGUCUUGUGGCAUGAUGGAGUCUCUCAUCUCAGUCGUCAACUGGAAAGGGACGGAGCCGGAUCACAUCACGUUUGUGACCCGAGCCGUGAGAGUGAUUGACCUCAUCACCAAUCUUGACAUGCAUGCCUUCCAGUCCCAUGGCGGCCUGAAUGCCUUCACCAAGCGGCUGGAGGUUGAGGUGGAGGAGUGCCGAAAAGAGCAGCCCUUCGUCAUAAAUCUCCCGGCACCGCUAGCCGAGGGCGACGCACCGAGUGCCCCCACGGAGGCCACACAGCAGCCCUCAGGCGGUGCGGAGGAACCCCUGGACACAGCCGAUACCACAGAAGUGCCUGACGCUGCCACACACUCCCCCAUGGACACCACCCCGGCCCCCGCACCCACCGAGGAGGCACCCCAGACCUCCUACACCGCCCAACCAAGCACGUCUUCUGCCAUGGAGGUUCCGUCGGCAUCUGCGCAGCCAGACUACAGCGAGGCCAAGACCGGGCUCUCGUGUCUCCCCCAGCGUGCCGCCCUGAUCAAGUCCAUGCUCAAUUUCCUGAAGAAGGCCAUUCAGGAGCCCGGGUUCAGUGAGAGCAUGAGGCACCUGAUGGAGGGGUCCCUGCCGGCCUCCCUCAAGCAUAUCAUCAGCAACGCGGAGUACUACGGCGCGUCGCUCUUCCUUCUGGCGACGGACGUGGUCACCGUGUAUGUGUUUGGGGAGCCCUCGCUGCUCUCCUCACUCCAGGACAACGGCCUCACUGAUGUUGUCCUCCACGCCCUGCUGGUCAAGGAUGUCCCAGCCACAAGGGAGGUUCUGGGCUCCCUUCCAAAUGUCUUCAGUGCCCUGUGCCUCAACUCCCGGGGCCUGACAGCUUUCGUGGCCUGCAAGCCCUUCGAGAGACUCUUCAAGGUGCUGCUCUCCCCCGACUACCUGAUAGCGAUGAGGCGAAGGCGCUCCUCUGAUCCGAUGGGGGACACGGCCUCCAACUUGGGCAACGCCAUGGAUGAGCUCAUGAGACACCAACCCAGCCUCAAGUCCAAGGCUAUGAAGGCUAUUGUCAAGCUGCUGGAGGAGGUGUGCCUGCUGGGGAGCGACACUCACUACAUCUGCUGGAAGACGCCCCCAAAACACGAAGCUUCCCCGGCCCCAGUGUCCAGAAGCACAAAUGACAACUCAAGCGACGAGGAGGAGGAGGACGACGAGGAGAGGGACGGAGGUGUAGCCGGACCCUCAGUGACCCCAGGGCAGCGCGAGGACGUGGCCUUGUCCGAGAACACGCCGGGGGAGAAGCGGCCAGUGCCUCUCGUUGACUAUGUUCUCAACGUCAUGAAGUUUGUCGACGCCAUCCUCAGCAACAACUCCACAGAUGACCACUGCAAGGAGUUCGUCACACAGAAGGGCCUCGUCCCCCUACUGGGCAUCUUGGGCCUGCCUAAUCUCCCCAUUGACUUUCCCGUGUCCCAGGCGUGUCAGUCAGUGGCCUCUGUCUGCAAGUCUAUACUGAACCUUGCCCAUGAGAGUGGUGUCCUACAGAGGGGCCUUCACUGCCUCAAUGAGAAGCUGGAGGCCCUGGCUCCCCUGCACCAGCCCCUGCCAUCCCCGGGUGGCUCGGUGCUGCUGCGGGAGUUGGCCUCAGCGCCCAGCCCCGGCGAGGCCACGGCCUUCCCACAGGCCACGCCGCUGCUGCACACGCUGAGCGCCGUGCACGCCUAUAUCAUGAUGCUAGUCCAUGUGUGUCGCACCGGACAGACGGAGAUUAGGCAGGUGUCCAUCAACCAGUGGGGCACCGAGCUGGGCCUGAGGGUGCUGGCCGGCCUUACCCAGCUCUACACGUCCCUGGUCUGGGAGUCCACCGUGCUGCUGGCCCUUUGCUCUGAUGAUGCCCUGCCCGCUGGCUGCCUCUUUGGCAAGGAGGACACAGACAAGCUGCUGCCGCCAGACCUCAGGACUGAGGAUGGCGGGCGCAGCGAGGCCGUGGCCAUGGAGGUGACAGAGACUGACGUGAAGGGCGCCAGCGGGAGCAGUACAGGAGGUCUCGGUGAGGACGGCAGUGCAGAGAGCCCCACACGCCAGCAGUCCGCCGCCACACAGCACCAGAUGAAGCUGAUCAAGCCUCUCCUGUCCUCGGCCUCCAGGCUGGGCAAGGCGCUGGCUGAGCUCUUUGGCCUCUUGGUGAAGCUGUGCGUUGGGUCACCACUGCGUCAGCGCCGAGGGCAGCAGGUGGCGGCCCCCAUCACCCCGCCGUCAGCCUCAGCACGGGCCGUAGCCUCAGCGCUGGCCCACCUCCUCUACGCCGGCCUCUCCUGGACACCACCGCCGGCCUCCCCUGUGCCCAAGUUCCGCCUGACCUUCCUCAUCUGCUCCGUCAGGUUCACCAAUCCCAUGCUCUUCGACGACAAGAAGAUGCCAUACCAUCUCAUGCUGCAGUACUUUGCUUCCUCACAGGGCCUCAGAGCGUUCUUCGACACCUUUGAGUGGGCCAUCAGCGCCGGGGGUCAGGACGGCUUAGACUCUGGGGAGCUGCCGGAGGGGACGGGGGAGUUCCUGGAUACGUGGCUCUUCCUGCUGGAGAGGCUGGUCAACCCCCGCACCAUGCUGGACUCACCCAACUCACUCCCCGCCAAGUCCUCUCAGCCGGGCUACCAACCCUUCAGUCCACUUAAGUUCCUCAUCCACAUUCAGAAGGCUGCGUUUGAAGCCGUGAUGAAGCUCUGGAACAAGAAGCCGCUCAAGUCUUAUGGCGUGCGGAUCUCAGAGACCGUGCUGGUGAUCCUCUGCUCCAUCAUCAAGGGCGAGGCCAUCAUCAACGAGCGCCUCGCCAAGGAGAAGGAGAACACCACCACCACCACCACGGCCACCACCACCAGCACCACCACCACCACCAUCGCCGCCAGCACCACCACCACCACCACCACCACUGCAGCACCAGCAACUACCAGCACCGCCACUACUGCAGUCGCCACGGCACCAACCACCACUGGCACCACCACGACUACUGCCACGCCAGCAGGCACCACCACCACCACAGUAACCACCCCUGCCACCACCACCACAGCCACCACCAGUGCCUCAGCAGCCGCCGAUUGGGGUGUGACAUUACCAGCGGACGCCAGCGGACAGGCGGCGCCACAAGCUGCAGACCCUGAGCACCUCCAAGCCCUGAUGGACAUGGGUUUCGCCAGAGAGAGGUGCCUUGAGGCCAUCGCACAGACACACACGCUGCAGCAGGCCACUGAGUACCUCCUCAUGAACCUGGACCCAGCCACAGGGGUGGUUGGCUCAGGGGUCAUGGAGCUCACUGAAGAGGACCAGAUGCUUCAGGCCAUUGCCAUGUCCCUCGGCGAGAACGUACAAGUGUCUGGGGGCAGUGGCAGUGGUAGUGGAGGUGUUGGCAGCACCGUCGCAGCCGCAGCCGCAGCCGCAGUUGCCGCCUCCACCAGUCUCCGCUGCAGCACCCCCAAGACUCCGCCAGCACCCCUCAAGGAGAUGGACGACGAACCGCUCAGCAAAGAGACACUUGACCUGUUCAGCGAGUUUGUGCUGGAGGGUUGCCUGAGCCAGCUGGACGUGCAGCCCCAGAUGGUGUACAAGGUGUGCGAGCUGCUCACCACCUGCGCUGUGAGGAACGGCGUGCAGUGGCGGGAUCACAUGCUCACCACACUUAUCAACGAGAUCAGCAGCCAGGCGGAGCAGCUCUUCACCAUCAACAGUCUGUCCACACAGGAGAAGGUGGACCUGCUCUGCACCUCACUCCUUGCCUCAAAGUUUGCCGUGCGCCUCCACCUCGUGACGCUGCUGUUUGAGGUGAGACAUGGAAGCCCUGUGGAGAUGAAGACCGGGUGUGCCAAGGCCAUGGAGCAGGCCGGGCUGGUCCACACCCUGACGGACCUCUUCAUCAUGACUCAGGGCGUGCUGGCAAGUGCCUCGUCCAUCACCCCCACGCCAGCACCCCAGCCAGCCAUCCCCUCACCGCAGGCCACUCCCUCACACACCAAGGACAAGGAUAAGGACAAGGACAAGGACAAGGACAAGGAUAAGGAGUCCACCGAAGGCUCAGGAACCCCCAAGUGGCUGUCGCCCGGCCUCCUCCUCCUAGACCUGUAUGAGAAGCUGGCCAUUGCUACCAAGAGGAGGGCAGCCGUGCAUAAGAUAUGUAACCAUGUGUGGAAGUGGUUCGACAUGAGCACCCUCAAGUGGUGCGCUUACUCUGCCAGCAAUAACAAGACCAUCAACGACGCCUACUGGGCCGGCGAGGCAAGCGUGCGCAUCAUCAAUGGGCGCAGGAAAUACACCAUCCAGUUCCACUCCAUGGUGCAGGUUAACGAGGAGUCCAGCAACCGCCGGCCCGUCAUGAUCACCAUAAAGGACAAAGUCAUCGCCGAGAAGAAGAAAGAGCUCGCCAACGCCAGCACCUCGGCCAGCAAGGAUAAACCAAGCCAAACCCCUGACGAGGAAACCACAGCAACAGGCACGACAGAUGAGGAGAAGAAGGCCGGAGCAGAGGCCGAGGCGUCUGGAGGUGCCACGGGCCAGGCCACAGAGGAGCAGAGUAAGGCCGUGGCAGUGGCCGGCGGGGACGAGAAGAUGGAGUGCGAGGAUGGGGAGGAAACGAGCGCCCCGGCGACCGAGACGACCGGCCCGGAGGUGGUGAUUGUGGAUGGCCUGACUGACGUACACCAGGAGUUUAUGAUCAGGGCGUGCGUUGGGUUCAUGAAGCUUGGCGUGGACCCCGACACCCUCAACGCCCUGAUGCGCCUCUGCCUGCGCAUGACGCGGGUGUGGGAGAACGCCUGCCUCUUCGCCAGCCUGGGGGGGGUGCGGACGCUCCUCUCCCUGACCGAGGCAUCCGGCUUCUGGGGCUUCCAGAAUCUGGCGGCGCUGCUCAUGAGGCAUGUGCUGGAGGAGCCCGCCACCCUGCGCUACACCAUGGAGAAGGUUGUGAGGUCCUCGGCCAGCAACAACACCAUGUCGGGCACCAAGGAGCUGCACUACCUGCUCCGCCUGCUGGCCCCCGCUGCGUGCCGGAACCCGCAGCUCUUCAUGGAGAUCACGCAGCAGUGCCUCCGCAUCGACCUCAACAUGACCCUCAAACGCAACCUCAUGACAGCUAAUAGUGAAGACAGCAUCCUUAUGAAAAGCGUCGGUGGCAAGAGUGCUGGCAGCUGCGUGGGUGGCGGCACUGGCGGCGCAUCCUCGGGUUCAUCCAGCGGCAUGACCCUCAGCUCGGAGCCCCAGAACCUCAUCCACGACCUCCUGGAAGCCCUCACCACCCUCAAGGACGACCCUGAGCCUGCCGCCGCCGCUGCCGCUGGUACAUCGGGCAGUGGGACAGGCCUGGCCAACACGACACCCACCGAGGAGAGGAGCACCAACAGCCACAGCAUCCGGCGGCAGCUACAUCUGUCCCGCUCCUCCUCAGCCAAUGACAUGGUGGUGCAGGAGACGGAUGAGCAGGUUAGAAAUAGCCCCAUGGAAAGUGACACGAGCAAGGUCCCCGGCACCGAGGGCAAGGGAGCCAGCGGCGACAAGGUGGACGAGGCAGCUAAGAAGAAGAAGCCGCUGCUCUCCAAGUCCCUCAUCUGUAAGCUCCUGGCAGAGUUUGUCCGUUCCUACGCUGGGUGCGCCAAGCUAGUCACCGAGCACCACUACUCGGCCGGGGCCAACGAGAAGAUAACCGAGGAGUGUUCGGCCCUGGCGUACAUGCUGGACCACCUGGUGUGCAGCAGCAGCGCCUCGGACAAGGACACGGCCGGCCACGUGCGGGUGCUCAUCGCUGCGCUGGCCUCCUGCAACCACGCGCCCGACGCCCAGACCAUCCUGGUGACUGAGGUGAAGGCAGCUUUGGGGCGCGCUACCGUCCUCCACGAGAGUGUGGAGAAGCACAGCCGCAUCCAGGCGCUGGUGGGGCUGAUCUGCACCAUGAUGGAGUCCUGUCCGGCGCAGCUCAACCAGCCCCACAACAUGUGCUUCAAGCAGCAGCAGCAUGGGAUGAACAACAUGAUCCGGGUGAUGGUGCGCAAGGGCCUCGUCACAGACCUGGCGCGCAUCCCCCACAGCCUCGACCUCUCCUCCCCCAACAUGUCCACCACCGUCAACGCCGCCCUCAAGCCCCUGGAGCUGGUCUCGCGCAUCGUUAACCUGCCCUCAUUCGUGCCCCCAUCGCUCUCCAAGAAGAAGAAUACCCAGAGUGAUGACGCCCAGCAGCCCAUUGGCACGGGCACCACCAACAGCGAGGCGACGCGGGCCCAGGGCGAUGACACCAUAGAGGACACGGAGAACACCGAACACGACAUAUCAGGGGCCGGGGAGAGCCUGGAGCCCACCUCAGAGGCGCAUCCCAAUGAGGAUGGAACGCUGGUGGAGGGCGACGAGGCCGGGCUUGAAGAAAUCCUCGACCACCUUCUUGAGGACAGCUCAGGCGGGGGUGGCAGAGCGCAGCCGCACCGAGACACCGUCACCGCCACCGUCACCUACAUUGUUGACCCCGAUCCCCCGAUGGACACCGAUGAGACCCUGCACGACUCCCGGAUGGUGUCCCACUCUGACAGUCAGUUCCUGGACGAAGGUGAAGAUGGAGCCAACGAGGAACAGGAGGACUCGUCUUCUGAGUCAUCCGAGGAGAGAGAAGACGACGACGGCGAUGAAGAUGACAAUGAUGAGGUGGAGGAGGAGGAAGAGGAAGAGGAGGAGGAUGGAGCUGACGACGAUGACGAGGACGAGGAGGAGGAAGAGGAGGGUUCUGUGUUCGACGAGGCCUACGAGGACCUGGAGGAGGCUUUCAUCCGACUCCCGGGUGACAGGGACUCCGACGACAUCCUGCUGCUGCCGUCCUACCAGCAGUACAUUGACACCAUCGACACCAUCAUCUUCGGCGACCGCGUGGACCGGGUGGACCGCGUCUCCCUCCACCACCACGGCAACUCCCACGAGGACCCGGCGUUCAUGGCCUCCACGCCCAACGCCAACCCCAGUGGGAGCAAUGCCAUCCCGACGCACCCGCUAUUCCAGAACCCCCGAGAGGUUCCCGCCACGGCCAGUGCGCGGCUCAAUAGUCGUCCCAGCCGGCAGCGCGGGGUGCUCAGGUACCACACAGUCGGCCAACGCACCCUCACCACUGACACCAUGCUCCAGAGAUUACUGGGACCCAGCCACCGCGAUGUUAUGCAACUCACGUCUAAUCUACGAGAAGCCUCUCAGGUGCUCUUCACUAAUCCUGAUGUCCGGUUAAUGCCUCCUGACCCAGAUGAGUUUAUUGACUUGCAGGACCACGGCGGGACGGUCAUGAACAACGGGGGGCAGGCGGCCUCCCUCUCCAACGUGCCGCACGCCCUCGCCCGCUGGACCGAGGAGACGCGUGUCCUGGAAGCCGACUCCAUGCACGACGCUGUUACGGUUGUGAAGCCCGCAUUGAUGGCCGUCCUGGAGAGAUACAGAGACGAAGAACAGGCCGAGAGAGACAAGAAGAAGAAGGAGCAGGAGACUAGCAAGACGCCGCCGGCCUCAGCGGAGAUCUCCCAAGGCCCGCUGCUCCUCCACAACAAUGACACUGAGAUGGGCGAGGCCACAGAGAGCAGCAGGCCCCCGGGAAGGCCUGACACAGCCACCUCCGAGGCGCCCAGCCAGGACGCCGCCAUCCUCAGCACCGCCUCCAUCGCCGAGUCCAUCGUGGAGUCGGUCCUCGCCUCCUCCUCGCGGCCACAGUCCACCACCACGCCAAGCUUCUCGGGGCUCCUCACGCUGCUGUCCCCCGUGUCCUCUGGUGCCGCCACACUGCCUCUGCAGGAGCCCCCUGUGUCCUCCGUGCCAGCCAUUGGCGGGGCACUCUCCGGGGCCUCCUCCGCCCCUUCCACCCCCCAGACCACCACCGUCACCACCCUUCCCCCCUUCCCCUCCCCCACCACCACCUCUGUCCCCACCACUGCCUCCUCCACGCCGGCCACUACCCUGCCUGUCACGGACACAGAGAUGGUGACAGCCUCCCCCCUGCCCUCCGCCGCCCCGCCUGCCCUGCCCAGCGAUGCUGCUGAGAGCCUGGCCACACAGGAGGAGACGCCCAUGUCAGUCAGCCCUCCGGAGUACCCGUGCUACUCCCCGCAGCUAUUCACACUGCCGGAGGAUAACCUCACCACGCCCCCCUCGCCCAGCAUCAUCCCCCCCAGGGAGGCCUGGGAGGACCCCAGCAUGCCCAUGCAGCAGGACUCCCAGGAGCCUGCCGGGGAGUCCCAGGGGGCAGCCACCCUGCCAGUGCUGGUGUCCCUGCCCAGCACCCGGCCGGCGCAGGACACACCACAGGAAGCUGGAAGAGAGAGCAGCGAGGCCGGGCCCUCCAGUUCAACCGGCAGCCGUUCAGACUACUUGGCCAUCCUGGGUGACAUUGAGAUUCCCGAGGGCGUGGACCCAAGCUUCCUGGCAGCCCUGCCAGAGGACAUGAGGCAGGAAGUCAUCGCUGAACAACUCAGGCUGCAGCGUGUGCGGCAGCGUGCGACGGAGAACACCCGCGAGAACAACAGCUCCAUUGUGGGGGAGGUGAACCCCGAGUUCCUGGCCGCCCUGCCGCCCAACAUCCAGGAGGAGGUGCUCACACAGCAGCGCCUGGAGCAGCAGCGGCAGCAAGCGGCGCGGGCCAACCCUGAUGACCCCAUGGACCCCGUGUCCUUCCUGCAGACCCUGCCCUCCUCCCUCAGGCAGACCAUAUUGGCCGACCUCGAGGACUCCCAGUUUGCCGCACUGCCGCCCGAGCUGGCCCAGGAGGCUCAGACACUACGGCGGCAGCGUGAGGAACGGAACAGACACACCCACGAGCACAUGUUCCCCCGGCCCGGCACGUCCCUCUCGUCCAUCCUGAGGAACACCGCACGCAUCGGCUCCAGGCUCAUGCACUCCUCCAGUUGGUCCACUAGUUGGAACCUUCGGCCCUCCUCCAGCGGUCAGCAAGUGACAGCAACGAGCAGCAAGCCUCGAGGUCGUCAGCUUCUGGACCACGAGGCGAUGACCUGCCUGUUGGUGCUGCUGUUUGUGGACGAGCCCAAGCUGAACACCAUCCGCCUCCACAGGGUGCUGCGCUACCUCUGCCACCACGCACCCACACGGGACUGGGUGAUCAAGGCGUUGCUAUCCAUCCUUGAGCGCUGCGGCGACACAAGUCAGCACAGCAGCCGCACAGGAAUCAUCAGCAGCGAGCAGGGGGCUGCCAGCCUGACCCCAAGCACCCCGGAGAUAGCAGGCAAGGGCAGCGGCAGGAAGGCUCACUCCAGCGGCAAGUCUGAGCUGCCACUGUCCUCCACCCCGUCUUGGCCUGGUGAGUCGCGCUCCCCGGUGGCUCCCUCCUGGCUCAGCAUGAGUAUGGACGCUGCCCUGGGAUGCCGGGCGAGCAUCUUCCAGAUCCAGCGCACACAGCCCACAGGGAAACGCACAUCUAUCGCGGCCACGACCACCGCUGUAAAUAUUCAUCCCCAAGCUUCUCCACUUGUAUGCAGACACGCCCUAGACACCCUGAUCUCAUUAGCUAAGAGUUUUCCGAGCCACUUUCUGCCCCACCAAGGCAAGGAGUCUGAGGACAACAAGAGUGACUCCAAGAAGUCCACGUCGUCAUCCUCCGGGGGCAGCGCGGCCAACACUGGUGCUAUCAGUAAAACCUCCAAGGGCAGUGCCUCCGCGUCAGGCCAGGCCAGUGAGUCCUCUGACUUCUGGGAACUCCUAGUGAAGCUGGACUCCAUCAGUGUGUCUCGCAAGGGGAAGGGGCUGCCCAGGACACACUCCAACGCCGGGGGGAGCGGGGACGAAGAGCAGCGCGUCACCAGUCUGGAGGUGUCGGCGCUGGGCCAGCUCAUCCAGCAGCUUGCCCAUCCUGUGGUGCGCCGGUCCUCCCUCCUCACAGACCGCCUCCUGCGCCUCCUGGCCCUCAUCUCCCUCGGCCUCCCGGACACGGCCGACUCCUCCGCUGCAGCACAAAGCUCCGCUGCCACGCAGCACUCAGCGGAGAACUCGCAGACACUGGAACACCUGCUUUCCCUGGCCAUUCAGGUUCUCACAAGCAAGUCCUGCUCAGAGGAGGGCCUGGAGGAUGCCACGGCCUUGCUCCUGCACCUGUCCCACGGCCCUCCACCAGCCCGGGACCAGGUACUGCGCCUCCUGCUGCAGGGGGCCGCCACGCUGGGCUCCACCGUGGCCACUCACAUUGCCGCCCUGCUCGGGGACCUCAAGGCUUACAACGCUUCCCAUCCUCCAGCCGCCAUUGUGGAAGAAGACCACCAACCGCAUUUGUCUGAGAAGGCCAAGAAGGGGCUGCUGCAGGACAGGUUCACCAACGAGUGCGUCAUAAUCAGCGGCACCACGAAGGUCAAGCCGCCGUGUGAGCUCCAGCUGGCCUCCAUGUCGGCCCUCACCAGCAAGACCUCCUCCCAGGCCUUCUUCCUCCGCACACUCAAGGUCAUCAUCCAGCUGAGGGACGCCAUCAGGUUAUCACGCACCAGGAAAAGCGGUACCCAAGCCAGCAACAACACCAGCGACAGACCAGCCGGGGCCAGUCAGCAGGAUGCAGCCAACGCCCAACAGGACCAGGCCAGCGCAGCCACCACCCAACCCUCAACGGAGACUCAACCACAAUCACAACAGCAACAAUCACAACCACCAGCAUCACAACCACAGCAGCAACAGCAACCAACCCAACCUGAAGUGUCGAGGGAGGAGCAGCAGAACACAGAGAACACCCAGGAGCAGCAGCAGGAGAGUGGCGCACAGCAGGAGCAGGCAGAGAGGGAUGCUGUUCCGGUGGUUCUCAUAGACGUGCCAAACCCAGAGGCCGACAAUGCUGCUAAUGCGUCCGCUGGGGCCCGGCAGGAGAGCGCCCAGCCCACCUCCGAGGCCAUGGAUGUUGACAAUGAAGAGACCACCGACCUUGGGAGCCUGAGCGCACAGCUGAACCUGGAGGAGCUGUGGUCGACGCUGUCCGAGUGCCUGGUGGAGCUGGGCGAGACGCAGGACACCCACGCCGUGUUGGUGCUGCAGCCGGCCGUGGAGGCGUUCUUCCUUGUGCACGCCUCCGCUGCCUCCGGGGAUCGCCGGGAACGCUCCACCACGCAGUCGGAGUCACGCGAGGCCCAGCUGGCGCAUCUACAUCAUGAGAUUGCCCCACUCUCUCCCUUGCCCUCAGCACAGACGGAAGAUGGAGAAGGCAACGUGAGCCAAGGAGUGAGGAGGAAGAGGGACAACUCCACCUCCCAGGCGUCCAGCUACUACCAGGAUGACACAGACAAGUUCCUCAAGUUUGCAGAAACCCACCGCACCGUCCUGAACCAGAUCCUGCGGCAGUCCACCGUGCACCUCGCCGAUGGGCCGUUCAGCGUCCUGGUGGACCACACGCGGCUCCUCGACUUUGACAUCAAGAGGAAGUACUUCCGGACGGAGCUGGAGCGCGCCGACGAUGGCAUGCGACGUGAGGACCUGGCGGUGCACGUCAGGAGGGAGCACGUGUUUGAAGACUCAUUCAGAGAGCUGCACCGACGCUCCCCCGAUGAGUGGAAGAAUAGGUUCUACAUUGUCUUUGAGGGUGAAGAAGGUCAGGAUGCUGGCGGCCUGCUGAGGGAGUGGUACAUGAUCAUUUCCCGGGAGAUCUUCAACCCCAUGUACGCCCUCUUCUGCACCUCCCCGGGCGACAGGGUGACCUACAUGAUCAACCCCGCCUCUCACUGCAACUCAAACCACCUCUCGUACUUCAAGUUUGUGGGCAGAGUCAUAGCCAAGGCCAUCUACGACAACAAACUUCUGGAGUGCUACUUCACGCGGUCCUUCUACAAGCACAUCCUUGGCAAGAUGGUGCGUGUGGUGGACAUGGAGAGCGAGGACUAUUCCUUCUACCAGGGACUCAUCUACCUAAUGGAACACAACGUGGCCGACCUGGGCUACGAACUCACCUUCAGCACGGAGGUUCAGGAGUUCGGCGUGACGGAAGUGCGGGACCUCAAACCCAACGGCCAGAACAUCCCCGUCACCGAGGACUCGAAGAUGGAGUACAUUCGCCUCGUGUGCCAGAUGAAGAUGACCGGAGCUAUACGGCAGCAACUCAACGCCUUCCUGGAGGGCUUCUACGACAUCAUUCCAAAGCGCCUCAUCUCCAUCUUCAACGAGCAGGAGCUGGAGUUGCUCAUCUCUGGCCUGCCCACCAUUGACAUUGACGACCUGCGCACCAACACGGAGUACCACAAGUACCAACCCAACUCGCUACAGAUUCAGUGGUUCUGGCGCGCCCUGAGGUCCUUCGAUCAAGCCGAGCGCGCCAAGUUCCUACAGUUUGUGACGGGCACCAGCAAAGUGCCGCUGCAGGGCUUCGUGGCGCUGGAGGGCAUGAACGGCACGCAGAAGUUCCAGAUCCACCGUGACGACAGAUCCACCGACAGACUACCAUCGGCUCACACAUGCUUCAACCAGCUGGACCUGCCGGUGUACGAAACCUACGACAAGCUUCGCCACUACCUGCUUAAGGCCAUUCACGAGUGCUCGGAAGGCUUCGGCUUUGCUUAAAGAAAAAGAUAAACAGAGGGUAACUAUUUCCCGUCAACCCAGAAAAAAAUGCAUGUCAACUAAACCAUCUGAUCAUGAAUGAGUGUUUUGGUUGUCACAAGGAAAGCAAUACAAUAAUAUCCCAGCACUGAGGAGAAGAAGAGUAUAUCAAGAGUCCUUCAUCCCCUUGGCUUCAGUUGUUUUCAGUGGGACACAGCAAAACCGCAUCUUUCAGUAGGAAACUAAAACCGUCAUAUCUCCGAUGAGUGUUUUGGUUGUCAUGAGGAAAGCAUUCAAAUGAUAUCCCAGCACUGAGGAGGAGGAGGAGACUAUAUCAAGAGUCCUUCAUACCCUUAUUCAGUUGUUUUCAUUGGGACAGCAAAACCGCAUCUUUCAGUAGGAAACUAAGCUCAUCAAAUGAGUGUUUUGGUUGUCACAAGGAAAGCAAUAGAGCAAGAUCCCAGCACUGAGGAGUAAAAGAAGACUAAAACUAUAUCAAGAGUCAUUCAUCCCCCUAGCUUGAGUUGUUUUCAUUGGGACACACACGCAAGAGUGACUUAGCUACACUGUAUUGGCGCAGUAGCCCGGCUUGGAGCAUUAGCACAUGGGCCGUUCACUCGAGUUCUGCCGUGUGAGCUCUCCAGUGGCCAUCUCAUUUGUUCAUAGCCUAGCAUAGAACAGUUACUACUCCAAGUUAUGCAUAUACUACUCAUUUCAGAAGAAAAAUUGUAACCUAUGACUUGUAAUUUCUUUUCCUUUUUGAAUGGCUGGCUGCUUUCAUUGUAACUUGGGCCAGAGAGGUUGCUGAGAAGAGAUGCCUUGAGGAAUAGCGAGUUUUGGUUGGUCGUCUCAUCAUAAAUUGGGUUGAGAGUUACUAUGAAAGGAAUAUCAAGAGAAAAUUAACCCUAAAUCAGUUUCAUUAUGUUUAUUAUUUUGAGACUCGUAAAAGAGAGGUUGCUGAGAAGGGGUCGUAAGGAGUAGCUUAUCUUAGGAACGGUUGGUUGUGGUUGUCACGUCGUAAAUUUGGGUUGAGAGUUACCAUGAACGGAACGUCAAGAGAAAGUGAAUCCUAUGUCAGUUUUAUUAUAAUUUUCUGUUUGGGUUUUCUGAUAGAGUCUAAAGGAAUAAUUUCUUGAGGAACCGUUUCAGCAUAAUUUGGGUUCAGUGUUGGAAUUACAAGAUUUUUAAGGGAUAAUUAAUUUCAAAUGGCUGUCUCAUCAUAAAUUGGGUCAUAAGAUUGCUAAUGAGAAUAAAGCCUCGAGUAAUAAUGAAGAUUUAAAUUACCGUUUCCUUGCAAUCAGGGCUCAAAGUUGUAAUUAGGAGUGUCUUAGUGAUAAUUAAGUGGCUGUUUCAUCAUUAAUUAGUUUCAAGAUUGUUAUUAAAAGACUGUCUUGAGAUAAUUAAUCUUGAAAGACUGUUUCAUCUUAAAUCAGGUUCAAGAUGCUAUUAAAACUGUCUUGAGGGUUGAUUUACUUCGGCUGUUUCGUCAUUAAGUUGAAAAUUGAUAUUAAAAGUCUAGGGAUAGAUACUUACCUUUGCAUGGCUGUCUGGUUCCUUUGGCGUGUGGAUGGAGGAGUGUCGCGAGGAAUAAUGAAUCUUUGGAGGGUUGAGUACUUCCAGGAGGAGACGUGGUGUUACGAGGAGGUUUUGGUUCUUUCUCAGCAUUGCGUACACGCCCUUACUUAAGCCUGGCGGAGGUGUUAGUCUUACGGCUCAACCUGAGGAAUACGGAAACAUUUUCUUUUUUACAAUGCUGAAGCUGCUACGUCAUCAAUCUGAAGAGUGGAAUUGUUUUAUAUGGUUUUAUCUUGGUUGUCCUUUCAAAGCCUUCCUGAGCAGGGCGGGCGGUGGCGGCGGCGGCGGCAGCAGCGGCGGCCUGGGUGCUCCCAAGGCUUGGUGUGUGUGAGUUGUGGUCAAUAUAUUGAACAUCCUUCCCUAGAAGCCUAUUCCAAACUUCCUGUGUGAAUUUGUUGAAGACGUAUACAUUUAUACAUAUGUUCACAGUAUACAUAUACACACCUUCCAUUAGUAUUAUCACUGUGCUGUAUAUUCUGGCCUCACAACUGCUGUACAUACAAUACAAGAAAUAAACUGGUAUAUCUCAUGUGAUAUAUUUACAUUUAGGGCUGUCUAAUAUUGCUACAAAACAUUGAUCAACAUUAGCCGUAACAGAGGAGCAAGUGAUGGACUUGUGUCGUUGUGGCAGGUUUCCAUGAAACUUCACGUGGGCUGUUGAAAUUGUCAAUUAUACUAUUACUAUAAUUAUUACUUUGGCUUACUAUUAUUGCCACUAUUUUUGUUACUUAUUUAUUCAUCUAUUUUUUUACACUGAGCAGUGUUGAGUUGAGUUGUUGAGUUUGAAGGCCUGGAGACGAUGGUUUGCUGCUUUGCUUCACUCUCUAUAUAGCCGUUUUCUUUCCUUGUAUUUAAUAAACAAGUCCAGUAUUGGCACUUUGGGUGUAGGUGACGGGCAUUUGGCUAGGGCUCAAUAGGAAGGCAUGUAAAGUAUGUACUAUUUAAUAUCUACAAAUAGCUAAUUCUACAUGAACUUUUUUUUUUAUUGAGAGGAUGAUAUUUUAAGUUUUCGUGUUGGAUGGGUCACUGUAUCAUUUUUCUUUUUAUCUGAUAUAUAGUCACUGAUUUCUCAGUUUAUUUUCUCACCAUUAAGCCCAAAUGUUACAUAGUGUAUUUUAUCACAUAUGCAAAGAACCAUUCUUCUACUUUACCAUGUUGGCAUUAAAAUACACAGUAUUAAAAUGA